AGAGCGCGACGCACGCGCAACCGCCCCAAAGAAAAUACGAUAUCGACGUGAAUAUGUGCGUGUAGCCCGGUUCAAGCCAAAAAUCAAAACUGUACCAGAAAUAGUGAACGUGAUUCGAAUCACAACAUGGUCAUGGAGAUGUCCAAGACCUAUCAGUACCGGAAGGUGAUGAAGCCGCUGUUGGAGCGCAAGCGCCGUGCGCGUAUCAACAAGUGCCUCGAUGAUCUCAAGGAUUUAAUGGUGGAGUGCCUGCAACAGGAGGGCGAGCAUGUCACGCGCCUCGAGAAGGCCGACAUACUCGAGCUAACGGUGGAUCAUAUGCGCAAACUCAAGCAACGCGGCGGCCUCUCGCUGCAGGCCGUCGGCACUGCUGGCGGCGGGAAUGUAGCUGCCCCCAGCACCAGCGCCGCCCACGUCGAGUCCUUUCGCUCCGGUUAUGUUCAUGCUGCCGAUCAGAUUACACAAGUGCUGCUGCAGACGCAGCAAACCGAUGAGAUUGGCCGCAAGAUUAUGAAGUUUCUAUCGACGCGACUAAUUGAGCUGCAAUCCCAAUUGCUGCAGCAACAACAACAACAACAACAACAGCCCGCCGUCGGGUACGCCUCAGGACGCUUAGCCUUUCCGCUGCUGGGCGGUUACGGCGCCGCUGCCGCAGCCAGUUACAGCGCCUUCCUGGCGGGCAAGGACGAACUAAUCGAUGUGACAUCCGUGGAUGGCACGGCGCUAUCCGAAACGGCGUCAGUUAGCUCGCAGGAGUCGGGCGCCUCGGAGCCCGUCUGGCGGCCCUGGUAAUCAACUGGCUGCCUGCACUCCUGGCGACAUCAUCUAAUUUCUAGAUCUUAUCUUUAGUAUUCCAAAUGGCUAUUAACCGUUCGCUGCAGCCAUUAUCAGCAGCAGCAAACAACAACAGCAAAAUCCGUUGUCUUCCAAAGCAAAUUGUCGCAUCAAAUCGCAUGAUUUUGUUGCACUGUGCAUUGUUUUUAAAUACUUUUAAGUUUAUUUUGAUAAUAUUUGUAAAUUUUGUAUUUCAACUGUGAUAUAACUAAAGUACGUCGCGUUUCAAUACACUUUGAUUGCGCUGACCUCCUAAUAAUUUUGCUAAUGUUUUCUAGAGUUAAAUGCUUGCGAUGUUCAUAAAUGAAAGCGUCUUAUCAAAUUAGCUAAAUUAAGCUUUAAAUAAUUUAUA